AUGGCUUUGAGUCAGACCGUGAAGAUUGCUCUAGCUGUUUCCUUUUUUGGUGUCCUUGCCUUUGUGCUUGGGGUGGUAGCUGAAAACAAAAAGGUUAUUUUCUCACCGUUCUCAGUGUGCUUUGAUAAAACUAUGGCGCAAUCUUUUCCCCCGUGUGUUUUUGAAUGAAGUUCUGUCAUGAUACUUGGUAUGCACUUCUCCUCUCCUGUAUUUUCAUGGGUAUGUCCGGUCAUCAUACUGUAUACUCUUUUCUUCUUUCUGUUUCUGCUACACUCGUCUCUUGUUAAGAUCUUUCCCGUUCUCUUGUACGUUUUCCUGCAGCAUAGGCUUUGUGAACAUAAGCUUUGUUCUGCAUAUAAUUUGUAUCACCUUCCUUUCAGUUUUGAUUUCUGGCCUCUUCUAAAUCAAAGAUUUAACCUCCGUGCUUCUUGUACGUGAAAUGCUCAUAUGCUCCCAAAAAUUCACGAGUGCUUCUGUUUUUUCUGAUAGCUCUCUUUUUCUGGGAAUCAAGUUUAAGUUUUUAGAUUUCAAUUUAGUCUUCGUACAGAGAAUCAUAUUUAAUUAUGAAUCGGAGCUUCUAUCGGUUUCUUUCCUUUUGCAUAUUUAGUUUUGUCUGUGCAUAUUUUCUGACAAACUUCAUAUCAUCUGCUCUUAUAGCCUCCGUCUGGUACACCAAUACAAGGGAAAGGAGUGAUCAUCUGCCAGUACCCAAGUGAUCAAACUGUUUUAUUGGGAAGCUUAUCCAUCAUAUCUCUGUUCAUAUCAAUGUUGCUCGGGUUCGUCUCAGUGUUCUAUCCAUACAAAGGUAAAUCAGUUCCGACUGAAGUAUUGUUCCGCAGCACAACAUUGCUCGUGUUCUUCACAAUUGCAGUGUAAGAGAUCAUAUCCAUCAUCUUGUCUUUUCUAAGAAAUUUUUAUUUAGUCCCCAUCCGGUAGACCUGUGUACGUCUGGACUGAGUGGUGGGUCAGCCCCUCGCAUUCGCGCACUGCCUGCUAAUUUAUAUUGCUUUUGAGGCUUGAUCACGGCGCAUCUAUCUAAAGCUCGGAAAAUGCCUGUAAAAACAGGGGGGUGACCGUGCUCGCAGAGGGAAUGAUGAUGUGGGCUACCAUCACUGAAGGCUUCCACCGCAGCCGGAAUGUCCACCACAACCUGGAGUACGAUUGCCCCACAGCGAAGACGGGGGUCUUUGGCGGCGCCGGGUUUUUGGCUCUCGAUGCAGCUCUCUUCUGGCUGAUCUGUCAAAUGCUGACCCUAAAUGCCAGAGCCGACUACUUGGAUGAUGAGGAGGAUACCAAGGGUGACUACGGCCAGGUCCUCGUCACUGACUACAACGCCGACGGAGCAGGCCACCCUCAUCCCAGGGCGUGA